AUGUCGUCCCUCGAGGCCAAGAUUGUCGUGCUCGGCUCGCAAGGCGUCGGUAAGACGUCGCUGGUGAUGCGCUACUGCAAAGGCGCCUUCAAUCCGUCUCAGACGACAUCCACGGUCGGCGCGAGCUUCAUGACGAAGCGCGUCGUCGACAGCGACACCGAUACCGUCGUGCGCCUACAGAUAUGGGACACAGCCGGGCAAGAACGCUUCCGCUCGAUAUCGCGCCUCUACUACCGCGGCGCCAACGCCUGCAUCCUCUGCUACAGCAUAACGGACGCGCAAUCCUUCGCCGAGAUGGGCGUCUGGCUGACGGAGCUGCGCCGCAACCUGCCCUCGGACGUCGUCCUCCACGUCGUCGGCACCAAAGCCGAUAUCGUCGCGCGUGAGCCGAUCCGCCGCGAGGUCCCCUUUGAACGCUGCAUCGCAUACGUGGCCGAGAACCUGGCACCGGGCCUCGGGUCCACGCCCCCGCCCACGGCGACGCCAGGAAUCAGUGCAGGUGGAGGGCCCGGCGAGCCGCGCAGCCCGAGUAGUAAACGGAGUAGCGGGUUUUGGGGCCAGGAGGUCGGUUGGGACGCGUGUCAUGAGAUUAGCGCCGAGAGCGGCGAGGGGGUGGAGGAGGUGUUCCGGGUGGUGACAAGGAAGCUCGUCGAGCAGAACCGCAAGAUGCAGCAGGCGUUGCUUGCCGCCACGGCGACUCCGGGAACCCCGGGUUUCGAACACGGCAUGGAUGGAGGGUACUUCGAUGGUGUGAACCCGAGGGGCAGCUUUAGGGUCGGUAGGGAUCGACGAAGCUGGCUGUUUUCGCCUGGGUUCUCGCCCGCCGUCACUAUCGAGAACGCGGGACAGAACAGCGCCGAGGAGAAUGGACGAGAGGAGGGGACCAAACAGAAGGGGAGGUGCUGUUGA